UGAAUUAAUCUUCUCUUGCCCGAACCAUUUGCAAUUCUUUUGCAAAGAAAUGAAGAUGAAAUGUCUCUCAAAAUGAUUUUUAUGAAAUUACUAAAAUACAGUUAAUCAAGCCCUCCAUAAAAGGAUUUGAAAGUGAAGCAAGGGAUAGUGGUGCCUGCCUUAAAUAUUCUUUUGGGGAGUUCUCAUCCUCAUAUGAGAGACUCAAAAUCACGUGUCAUCUUGGAGCCCUUCCCUUUCCACGCCUUUAGGGGAUUAUCCCUUUGCCCUCUCGCGGACCCUCUCUAUCUUGAAAGAUAAGACUAUUGUUGACGUAGACAAAAUGGCUACGAUGAUAGGCGCAUAGAAAUAUGUUCAGGGAUAAACAACAAGAUAGAAAUGCGCGUAAUAAGGGAAAAAAGAACUAGUGGCAUACGUAAUUUACAUACUUAAUAAGUUGUUGACUUCAUGUCUGUACUUCAGGUAAGGUGGUGUCGCCACUUGCGGUUGGAAUGAGCCCAUGACUUCCGGAACUAAUUUUCAUCAUGUUAUUUUUGGCGUAAAUGUUUUGAAUCACGCCUUUGAUGUGAAUGUUUAAGGCCUUAAGUAACCAGUCUCUAUUUGCAUGGUCGAAAAAGGCAUUCUUGUGACUGACGUAUGAAUGAAACGACGAUGAGAUAACAUUAAACUUUGAUAACUUUCAAACGGAAACAGGAACUACGGAAACCAUGAGAACUGCGUGUGCCGCUUGGUCCAAUACCGUUAAGUAUAGGCCGAAAAAUCCGCGUUAUAUCUUUUGCGGUAUUCAAAAGAAGAAAGAAGAUAUAUUUCAUGAAGAUAUGUUUCUUUAUAUGCUCCUCCAGGGCGGUAUGGAGGAAGAAGAUAAAGACAGAACAUUAAAAGCUGGAGAGAAACCUUCAGCUGUGCACCCUCCCACUACUAAGCCACGCCCUGUACCUCGGCCGCGCAACCAAGCCAAAGGAGCGACUACAACACAGAAUGGAAAACCAGAAAAAAUUCCUCCCAAACCUGUUAUACUUCCAAAACCACGAAGACCACCACCUAAUGCACCAAGUGCAAAACCAGUUGGUCUUGAGGAGGGAAAUGUGACUAAUAAUAAUGAAGAAGCAAUUGACAAGAGACCUUUAAGAAAACUGGAUUCAGUUACAGAGACAAGCAGCACCAGUCUUUCAUGUAGUAACUUACAGCCUUCUAAGGAAAGUACAAACAAUGUUGAAACAAUUCAUACUGAAAAUGGUGCUGCAGAUAUUAACUCUGUGGAUGAUGGUGAAUGGUAUGAGCCACUUAGACCAAGAACAGAAAGUGUGUCGUCAAACUCAGAAGAUGAUGAUUAUGAACACGUGACAACCAUAGAUAGAAGUAAAGACAGCCAAGCUAUGGUUCAAAGGGCUGACAGAAUCACACCAUCGCCUCCCCAGAAAAGGAGUGGAACUAAUGCUGAAUCCACACCAUCAUCUCCCCACAAAGCAGGUGGAAUGAUGGUUACACCUACCCCACUUAUCACCCAGAAAAUAAGCAGCAAAGCAAGUAAAAACUCCCCACCAACCCCUCGUAAAAUAAACGGUAUGGUCAGUAAAAACUCCCCACCUACCCCCCGUAAAAUAACCUGCACGGUUAGUAAAACUUCACCACCUGUACCCCGUAAAAGUAGUGGCAUAGCUACUAAAACCUCCUCACAGUACCCCCGUAAAAUAAGUGACACAAGACAACCAGAAGCCUAUGGGGAGAGUGCAAAUGCCAGUGAGGAUAUUUCUUCAGCUUCAAGAACUGUUGACUUACAACCAGCUGGAGAUAAAUCAAAGCCCUUACCACCAAAAAAGCCUCUUCCUUCUUUGCCAAAAGGAAUGGCUCUUCCUGGACAAAAACCACCAGCUGGCGAGGUAUUGUCAAGUAAACCACCACUACCUCAAAAGCCUCCACCUGAGCUGGGUUCCUCUCCUAAAAAAGACUGUCCACAGUCAUCUGUUGCUGCUCUAGCACAAAAAUUAUCAACAAUUCCUGUGUUCCCAUUCCGCGAUAACAAUACGGGUAAAGCCAGUGGUUUAUUUCCUUCUCCUGGUACUUCUCCGAGAGCAUCUCCUCUUUCCUCACCAAGACCUUCGCCACGUAACCUACAUGUACCAUUAAGUUCAUCACCACCGAAAUCUGAUUCCAAAUCAAAAUCAAGUGAAGUUGGUAAGCCAAACCCUCUUCCCAGACCUGGAGCUUCACCACAGAAAUCUUCAAGUCAACCAUCAUCUCCUCGACUUGGACAAGAAACAGAGAAACAUCCCCCAGUUAGACCCAGUCCUCCAUCAGCUGAGGCUGUGGCAAGGGCAAGACCAAGAACAGUGGAAAGUCUUGAGGAAACUGAGAGUCUUCUAAUAGAUAACACCCCAAAAGAGAUGGAUGGCCCUACUAGGAAAUCAUCUUUACCAGAACGCCGUAAGCAACGGUUGGCAACAGGACUUAAAUCUCGCCGCCCUGGUGUCAAACUCCCCUCACAAAAAUCCACACAAGCUCCAUGUAAUAGACGACCACCACCACCCCUUCCUCCAGGUGCUGUCCCUGUAGCUGACAAUGCACCAUCACGUAAAGUUCCACCUCUACCUGCUGUGCCUCGCCCACGACCAUUGUCAGCUUUGGACCAUAGACAAGAGAUUCCUGGUAGACCUGCUGUCAGCAAAUCUGUGUCAGAAAGUGACAUACAAAGGUUUACAUCAGCUGAAGACCAAUCUCAGUACUCCUAUGCCUAUGACCAUACCCUUCUUGGGGCCAGUCCACCCAAGCGAUCACUGUCAGCCCGUAAUCCACCUUCAGCUACAGUGUUUGAGUCUGAUAGUGCUUAUGUUGCACCCGAGGAAAGUAUUGUUAAUGAGUUCAUGGAAGACAUCCAUGGUAAAAGUACAUCAAUGACCUAUGAAGUAGCUGAUGAGCAAAGUGUAGCUGGAUUUAUGGACAGUUUAAAGAAGAACCAGACAUUGAAUGGAAUGCCUGCUGAUCUGAGUACAGAUGAAACAGAAUCUGAGUCCUCUGAUAGUGAUGACCAUGAGUAUUUUGAGCCACCUAUAGAGGAACAUGAGGAGGAAGAUGUUCAUGAUGACCAUGAUGAUGCUUCUUCAGAGAACUCAUUUUCAUCAGAUUCGUCGCAUGAAUAUUGUGUUCCACCUGAAAACGCUUGUCCUCCUGAACCACCCUCCCACAAGGUGUACUAUGAGGAUGCAGAAGGUAUUUAUGUGCAGCCUAUCCACAAGCCUUCAGAGGAAGUAUUUUCUUCAGAUGAUGACAAAGACAGUAUGGCUGAAGAACCUUUGUAUCAAGUGUACACCAGACGCACACUCCAACGUGAAAGAAACCUCAGCCGACGCCGAUUGAGCAGCGAUGUGUCAUUGAAUGAUGCGGCCUCUCUGGAGGAGUUGACAAAAGGAACACUGAGAAACAUGAGGAUGCUUUGGUGUGAACUGCCAGAGGUCAUGGCGAGUGGAAUUUUAGACAUCAUAAAACCAGAAGAACGGAAACGACAAGAGGCCAUGUUUGAAGUGAUUACGUCAGAAGCGAGCUAUCUAAGAAGCCUCAACAUUCUGAUGUCACACUUCAUCAACUCGGACGAGUUGUCUUCAGGCUCCUCUCUGUGUGUUUUAGAACGAGGCCAGUCACAUGUUCUGUUCUCGAACAUCAGUGCCAUCAAAUCCGUCAGUGAGAGCUUUCUCCAAGCCCUCCGAGCACGUCAAAAAGAAGCUGUGGUCAUUUCGUCUAUAAGUGACAUCAUAGUAGAAUACGCCUCAAACUUUUUCGAUGUUUAUGUAAAGUACUGCUCCAAUCAAACCUACCAGGACAGGGCGUUGAAAGACCUUAGGAAGAGUGUGCGUUUUGUGGAUGCUGUGGCCAAACUCCAAUCAUGCAAAAAGGCGCAGGGUUUGACACUACAGUCCUUUCUAGUUCUUCCAAUGCAAAGAAUAACACGUCUUCCAUUACUAGUAAACGCUAUUUGUCAUCGCUGUGAACCUGGUAGUGAUGAGUACAAUAAAACAGAUAGAGCCUUAGCUGCCAUUAACAAGAUUGUGAAUGAUUGCAAUGAAGGUGCAAGGAAGAUGGAACGAAUGGAAGAAAUAUGUGUUUUACAAACGCAGAUCGAGUUUAAAACAAAGCCUCUUGCCCUGGCGACACCAGCACGGUAUUUACUUCGACGAGGUGAUUUAAUGCAAGUCAGUGUGGAGGACUCAAGGAACCCCCUGAAAAGAUUAAGACCCAAAUUUAAACCUGUCUAUAUGUUUCUGUUCAACGAUCUGCUGCUCCUGGCAAAGAAGAAAAGUGAAAAUCGCUACAUUGCUCUUGAUUACGCCACACGUAACAUGACACAAGUGGACGAGCCACACGACUCUGAGAUAAAUGUCGACCACAUGUUCUCUCUGGUGUUACUAGAAAAUUCAGAAUCGAAAACCAAAGAGUUUUUAAUGGUGGGAAUCACGGAAACGGACAAGACUCGCUGGAUGGAAGCGUUUAAACCACCAGCCGCCGAACAAGAAGGAGAAACUGUUUAUGCUGCUUGGGACUGUCCUCAAGUGAACGCUCUUCACAACUACACCGCUCAACAACCAGACGAGCUCUCCCUUUACGAGGGUGACGUCAUCAAUGUACUGAAAAAACUCCCGGAUGGAUGGUAUCACGGAGAACGAUUAUGUGACGGAACUCAGGGCUGGUUUCCUGCCAAUCACACAGAGGAAAUCCUCAAUGAACAUGUUCGCGCCCGCAACUUGCGUCAGCGAUAUAGAUUGUUAGCGGCUUCCCAGCAUCUUAUUGGUGGAACACUAAGAAUUUGAUCACGUGAUGAUUUUAGAGAUAUUUUAAUGGCAUUUUCAGUCAAAUUCAAAGUUUAAAUCUUAGUCUUACCCAAUUCUGUAAAUACGUGCAAUUUUAUGUUUUUCAAAGCAAGAUAUAUUUUAGUACAAAUAUUUUUAUAGAACUAACGUCCCAGUCCGUCUUGGAGUUAAGUGACCUUUGCUAGAUUUUUUUGUGGUAAAGAGGAACUUGAACUGACAAGGUGUUCAGGCUGCACCAUAGUGAAUUAAUGUUUCCAGAAAUAUUGAUCGUACUUGAACAGUUUAAAAUUGAAUUUGCUUAAUCUAUUACCGAGUUUAGAAGCACGUUCUACACGAUGUUGAAAAUGAAUCAACACUGAACGUGUUGAAUUGAAUGUAACUUUUUCUGAAUUAAGACACAUGUUUUGCGUUCUUGUUUUAGAGAAUAAAUUAUCCUCUUCCUACGAGAACAGCAAUACAAUUUCGAUGAAAAAAGACAAAAACAAAAUGCCGGCGAUUUUAUUUAAGUGUUACUUUCUAACAGGAGCCCUGUUUCUAAUUAUUCGUGCAAUGUUUUUACAUUGGUUUUCUCUGUUCGUGUAGAUCAAGACGAAUUGUAUUUAGGUAACAAUUAUAGGAGAAAUAGUUUUGACCAAUUUUAAUAUAUUUUAUCAAUAUUGCUUGUGAAUAUUUUUUUUGGAAAAUGAUCAGUUCACAGCCACCAUUUGUGCGUUAGCGGUGAAGAAUGAACAUGAUGUGACAAGGAAAUGGAAAUGGUCUGGGUGUAAUUUUGUACUCUUAUGAUGUAAUGUACAUAUUGUUUAUUUCACGAAAUUAGUAAAGUCAUUAUUUUUAACGUGUAGUGUAGAA